AUGUUGGCUUCCAUGGCCAACCGAGGAGCCUCUUCUUCUUCUGCUCCUUUCACCAAAUCAUGGAAAUACCAUGUCGUUCUGAGCUUCAGAGGCGAAGACACGCGCCACAACUUCACGGACCAUUUGUAUAGCGCUUUAUGUCAACAAGGCAUUAACACCUUCAGGGAUGAUGAUGAGCUCAUAAGAGGAGAAGAAAUAUCAAGCGCGCUUUUCACAGCAAUUGAAGAAUCAAAGAUUUCUGUCGUUGUGUUCUCUAAAAACUAUGCCUCUUCAAAGUGGUGUUUGGAUGAACUUGUUAAGAUUCUUGACUGCAAGAAAUCAAAACAACAACUCGUCAUACCAGUUUUUUACAAGGUGAAUCCAUCAGAUGUACGGAAUCAGAGAGGUGGCUUCGGGGAUGCACUGGCUAACAUGGAGUGCAAAUACAAAGAAAAUAUGCAGAAGGUCAACAAAUGGAGGGCAGCUCUUUCACAAGUAGCAGCUUUGUCAGGGUUCACUUUGGACGAGCAUCAAUCUGAAUCUGAGUUUAUCCAAAACAUCAUUGAAAAGAUUUCAAAACACGUAUUAAACACCGCGUGUUUGGAAGUGGCAGAGUAUCCAGUUGGAAUGCAAGCUCAAGUACAAGUUAUGAAUGAGCUAUUAGAUUUGGGGGAAAGCGAUGUUCGUAUGGUAGGGGUAUGGGGAACUGGUGGAAUUGGUAAGACCACAAUUGCUAAAGCUGUUUAUAAUUCAAUUGCCCACAAAUUUAAAGGUUGUUCCUUUUUGGCAAACGUUAGAGAAAGGUCAACGUCGCAUGAAGGUUCAGUCGGAUUACAAGAGAAUCUUCUUUCUGACAUUCAAAGGGUAAAAAAUUUGAAGGUGACCAAUGUUGAUAAAGGAGUCACUAUUAUAAAGGAAUGGUUGAGUCGUAGAAAGAUUCUCUUGGUUCUUGAUGACGUGGAUGACAUGGAACAGUUACACAAGUUAGUUGGAGCAUGUGAUUGGUUUGGUGCAGGCAGUAGAAUUAUCAUAACAACAAGGGAUAAGCAACUGCUAACUGCUCAUGAUGUUAAUUUAAUCCAUGAGGUCAAGAUUUUAGAUGAUGAUAAAGCUCUUGAGCUCUUCUGUUGGCAUGCCUUCAAAACAAGUGAGCCUCCUUUGGGUGAUUAUAUGAAACUUGCAGAACGUGCAAUACGCUAUGCCCAAGGCCUUCCUUUGGCUUUGAAAGUUCUCGGUUCUUGUCUACGUGGUGGAAGUAUAGAUAAAUGGGAACAUGCAUUGGAUGGUUUCAAAAGCAAGAAAAUUCAAGAUGUUCUCAAAGUAAGUUACGAUACCUUGGAUGAUAUUGUCAAGGAGGUUUUCCUUGACAUCGCAUGUUUCUUUAAGGGUAAAAGUAGAAACUAUGUGAUAGAAACACUAGAAGCUUGUGACCUCAACCCUAGGUAUGGUAUUGAAGUACUCAUCGAAAAGGCCCUCAUAAGUGUUGAACAUGGAGAUUAUAUUCGGAUGCAUGACUUAUUAGAAGAGAUGGGUAAGGACAUAGUUGAGCAAGAGUCGCCCACUGAAGCCGGAGGACGUAGCAGAUUGUGGUUUCAUGAAGAUGUCGAGCAUGUUCUGACUAAUAAUACUGAUUAUGAGAUAUUCAUGGAUGUUGAUUGCUUCUCGAAGAUGAAAAAUCUUAAAAUUUUCAUGAACUAUAACGUAUGUCUUUCUGGAGACAUUGGUUGUCUCCCAAACAUGUUGAGAGUGCUUGAUUGGUAUAGAUGUCCGCUCCAAUCUUUUCCACCCAAUUUUCGUCCAAAGGGACUAGGGUUGCUCAAUCUGCCUCACAGCCGCAUCAAACAACUGUGGGAGGGAUUGAAGCAUUUCACAAAGUUGACAUCUUUGAAUUUAGAGCUCUCUGAAUUCCUAACUGAAAUCCCCGACCUAUCAGGCAGCCCAAACUUAAGGUACUUGAAUGCUAGUUAUUGUGAAAGUUUAGUUGAGGUUCAUCCAUCUGUUGGAUAUCUUGAUAAACUUCAAGUAUUGGAUUUUUGUGGCUGCUGUGAACUCACCAAGUUUCCAAAUAAAGUUCGGUGGAAAUCUCUGAAAUGGUUGGAUCUUAGCGAUUGCAUAAAGUUGGAGAGUUUCCCAGAAAUUGUGGACAAAAUGGAAUCCUUAUAUCAUUUGGGCCUUGCUGAAACUGCUAUAAAAGAGUUGCCUGCAUCAAUUGGACAUCUCAUUGGGUUGAAAUAUUUGUUCUUAUGUGGAACUCAUAUAAAAGAGUUGCCUUCCUCAUUUGGACAUCUGACUGCGCUUGCAAAGUUAUCUUUAGAAAGAACUGCAAUAGAAGAGUUGCCUUCAUCAAUUGGAGAUUUCACUGCGCUUGAAAUUUUAAAUUUAGAAGGAUGUGAAAACCUCGCAAAUCUGCCACAAAGUAUUUAUGGGUUGCAAAAUCUCACAUAUUUAAACCUCAAUCGAUGCCUGAAACUUGUCACACUUCCAAAUAAAUUGAUCUCUGAAGUUUUAUCGAGUGCAGAAUCACUUCCUCUAUUUUCAUUAUGGAUGCAAGAGUGCAAUGUAUCAGACAUUAAUUCCUUGGAGAAUUUUUGUUGCUGGUUGAACUUUAAUGAUAUUGAUCUAUCCAAAAGCAAUUUUGUCAGUCUUCCUGUGUGCAAAUUUGUCAACUUGCAGAUGCUUAAUUUGAGUGGUUGCAAGAAGCUUGUAGAAAUUGCAGGACAACUUCCAGCAUCUAUAGAAAUUAUCAAUAUGGCUGAUUGCAUAUCACUAGAAAGAUUUCCAACAUUGUCAAAGAUAUUGGAAGACGGAGACAUGCAACAUAUUCAGUACCUGAAUUUGUCCAAUUGCCAUAGGCUAUGCCAUAAUAUAGGGUUGGACGUUGCAAAGAUGGCAAAUAUUUUAGUGAAUCAGGCAGCAGUCAAUACCGGACAUUUUAUUAAUGUUUUACUUCCAGGCAGUGAAGUUCCACAGUCGUUCAGUUUUCGCAAGGACGUAGGUGUACUUCUUCCAAAUGAUAACGAUCAUUUGUUGGACUUACAGAUUCAAAUUCCUUGGACUUCCGGAUUCGAGAACUUGGUUUUGUGUACUGUUUGUGAACCUACGAAAUCAUUUAGUAGGCCGCAGUUUCCUCAUUUGUCACUUUUGAAUUCGACGUAUCCUGGUAAUGAUUACUCAGUGUCAGAAGGAUUGACAGGGGCAGCUCAUGUGGGGCUGCGCUAUAUUGCGGUACCGCGCAAAAUUCCAUUACCUGCUCACAUGAAGCGAAAGAGUGAUGAUCAACUAAAGUCGUCUAUUCAUCGAAUUAUUAAUGUUAACUACAAAGGCGGCAGAGGGCUCUUCAAAAGCUAUGGGGUCCACCUGUCUCUUAACAACAUGCCAAAGUAUGGUUUUGGUUUUUGCUCAAUGCCAGAGGAUGGUGAUGAUGAUGAAAAUAAAGAGGAAUUAGAUGAUGAUGAUGUAGGUGAUGAAGUUCGACUCAGAAAGAGAAAAAAGAUGACCUCCCUCUGCAUUUCAAUGUGA